GAUCCUAUAUGAACUCAACUUAGGCACAUACUUGUCGACACCCUCAGAUAAAUCUAAGCUCAGUAUAUUUUCAAAGAGCAACAACCAAAUAACCAAGCCCGUCCUUCAGAUACGUCUUCUCAGUAACCAUUUUCAACCAAACUGUUCUUUAAGUCCAGCCAUUACAAUGCCUUCCAAUUAUUCCACAGUUCCUCCCCAAGAGGUAACGGGAACAACUCAAUUACCUUUAUCACGUAUCAAGAAGAUAAUCGGGACUGACCAAGACAUAAACAUGUGUUCCAACAAUGCCGCAUUUGUUAUUACUCUAGCCACCGAAAUGUUCAUUCAAUACAUGGCCGAAUCAGGCCACAAUGUUGUCAAGUCUGAACGCAAACCUCGUCGAAACAUUCAAUACCGUGAUCUUUCCUCCGCCGUCUCCCACAUCGACAACCUCGAGUUCCUCAGCGACAUCGUCCCCAAAACGGUCCCCCUCAAACUCGUCAAAGCCAACGCCCACGUCGCGCACAACCUCGCCAAAGCCAAAGCCAACGCACCCCCCACCAACCCUCCUUUCCCCCAACCCUCCACCUCGCACGCCGGCCCUUCAGCCCCAACCCCCAACCCAAACACCUUCCCUCAAUCCCCCCUCCUCGAUACCGCACCCCCCCGCGUUUCCGUUUCCGGCCUACUAGAAGACUCUGCAUCCGCGUCCGCCUCCCCAUCCACUUCCACCCCAGCAGCUCUCAACCAAAUCCAAAUCCAACCUCAACCCCAACCCCAAACCCAAAACAACUCUCCCACCCAACCCCAAACCGACAUCCAAUCCACCCCCGCCCACCCAAACACCAUCCCUAGCGGCUUCGCCCCCACCAAUGGUUUCACUCCCGCCAACAAAUUCAAAAAACAGCAACAGCAACAGCAACAGCAACAGCAAGAACAGCGAAGAGUCAGCACCGCCACCGAAGACGAAGAUCCCAAUGCGCAAUUGCGGAUGGAGAGUCAAGCCAACAGCGACGAUCACGACGAGGAAGAAGAUGAAGAUGUCGAGAUGAGUUAGUUAGUACAUGACAUGACAUGACAUGUCAUGAAAUGGGUCGUGCCUCUUUUUGGAUUUUGGAAUCUUCACGUGUAUCUAUCUGUUUUUCCGAUUUAUUUGUUUCUUGCGCCGAAGAUGCAGUUCAGGAAUCAGUCGAGAUAGGAGUGGAAAGAUCAAGUGGUAUUGUAGACAGGACGGGGUAUAGUUGGUUGAUUGCGCGGGUAUGAGGGUAUGUAUUAUAGAUAUCACAUGGCAUUGUAUCACAUUACAAAGGCAGCGACAAUAACACGAGAACCAGAUAAACGAUUUAAAUAGAAACUUAUUUGCA